AUGCUCUCCAUUCUUAGAAAUUCAAUGAGGCUAAAUUCAAGAGCUUUUAGGACUGUACCAUCCGUCGCUACUAAGCUAGCAUCGGUACAAGUAUCCAAAAGGCUUUUAACAAGCUCUACGAGGUUAUUGCAAAAAGAAACGAAAGACGAGAAGCCUAAAUCCAUUCUUACCGAAGAUAUGUUAUUCAAAGCCGGUGUUGAUGUGGAUGAGAAUGGCCAAGGUAAAAAUGGGGAAAAAGUAGAUGCAGAAGGUGAGGGCCAGAAUGAAACAUCUUCCAAAGGUGAAAAAUCCAGAAGGAAAAGACAAACUUCUACGGAUAUAAAAAGAGAGAAAUAUGCUAACUGGUUUUACAUUUUUUCGUUGUCUGCAUUGACAGGUACUGCGAUAUAUAUGGCAAGAGAUUGGGAGCCUCAAGAAUCUGAAGAAUUGAAGAAAGACAUCGAUAAUGGUUAUACUUUAUCGCUCAUGUACAAAAGAUUUAAAGCCCGGUUUAACUCGAUGUUCACUUACUUCCAAGAACCACCUUUCCCUGACUUAUUACCACCACCACCACCACCACCAUAUCAGAGACCUUUAACCCUUGUUAUUACAUUGGAAGACUUUCUGGUUCAUUCUGAGUGGUCUCAGAAGUACGGUUGGAGAACUGCUAAGAGACCUGGUGCAGAUUAUUUCUUGGGUUACUUAUCGCAGUAUUUUGAAAUUGUUUUGUUUUCAUCCAAUUACAUGAUGUACUCUGACAAGAUUGCUGAAAAAUUAGAUCCAAUACAUGCAUUCGUCUCUUAUAAUUUGUUCAAGGAACAUUGCGUUUAUAAGGACGGUGUGCACAUUAAGGACCUUUCAAAAUUGAACAGAGAUUUGAGCAAAGUCAUCAUCAUUGACACUGAGCCCAACAGUUACAAAUUGCAGCCUGAAAAUGCUAUCCCAAUGGAUCCAUGGAAUGGCGAGGCCGAUGACAAGCUAGUCAGAUUGAUUCCAUUUUUGGAAUAUUUAGCCACGCAACAAACCAAGGAUGUUAGACCAAUUUUGAACAGUUUUGAAGACAAGAAGAAUCUAGCGACUGAAUUUGACCACCGUGUAAAGAAACUGAAAGAUAAAUUUUAUGGAGAUCAUAAUUCUGGCAACAACUGGGCAAGAAAGGCAUUGGGUGUUGCGAAUUCCCUGGGUGGUAGCACAACCAAGUUCCCACUCGACUUAAUCCAUGAAGAAGGGCAAAAAAACUAUCUUAUGUUCAUGAAGAUGAUCGAAGAAGAAAAAGAAAAGAUCAGAAUACAACAGGAGCAAAUGAGCGGCCAGACAUUUACGUUGAAGGACUACGUUGAAGGUAACUUACCUUCGCCAGAAGAGCAAAUGAAAAUACAACUGGAGAAGCAGAAGGAAGUAGACGCCUUAUUUGAAGAGGAAAAAAAGAAAAAGAAGCUUUCUGAAUCUAAAUGA